GGCGCCUACGUAUAUAUACCUGACGGCAUCUGCCGCUUUCUCACUUGACUCCAGCUCCCGCACGACAUUGACCACAGCGCAAUGCAUUCUCCCAGCGAACAGAUCCUCCAGACUCCUUACUAUGCUGCAUAUUCGUAUGGCCCCCAUACUGUGGGCAUCGUUUUGGAGGACGAUACAACCGAUGGUGACCCCUACCGGAAGAUUAAAGAUACGCUGGACGAACGGGACGAGCACGGGAAUAUCAACCAGUUCGUAGUUGCGGACGCGGAGACUCGGAGGCAUUGGCUGCGCAGGCUGGGCUUGAUUGCUGCGAAACAAAUGUUGAAGGAGGACCUCCGGAGGCAAGGGGAUCGUUUGAGGGGCCCUAUCGACCAAGCGGCUAUCGCGGACUUCCCAAAGGACUACGAGCUCUACCUCCACAAGACUCAGAGGGCAUAUGAUCCGAGGAAAGACGUGUAUCUCUUCGGCUCACGAAACGUGACAGUCUUCCGCUCGCCUGCCGAGUUCGCAGAACACCUCAUUUGGCUCAUGUCGGGCAGCCCACUCAAGUCCAACGGCAAACCCGAUUGUGACUGCGUUUACUGUGAUCCCUCGCGCACGCAGGCGGAGAUCUCGUACGCGCUGGGAGUUCGGCAUAAGGACCCACAUGCCCCUACCACCGCACGCGGCAAGGGUGAGAAGGCCCAGGCCGCUGGGAGAGGACGUGGUCGUCGCAAGCGGUCUCCAUCGCCGGCAUCCAUUCCUGCCAAAGACUACACGAAGUUGAACCUCUAGCCACAGUCAUAGACUCCUUUCUUUGUACAUCCCUAUGUGUCCCCUUGCCUUCCCUGCGUCCUUGCUCUCGUCUCUUAUUACUCCUAUCAAGCUCAUAGUGUUCGGUCACUCGUAUUCAGGUUGCUCUCGCAGUUUAUCAUGGUUGUUUUCGACGCUUUCAGUCACACCGUCCAUUCUUGUAGCAUUAUACAUAGUGGUGUGCAUAUACCAGCUCCCUAUUUGCUCCCUACCAAUGUUUCAUGGCUAGAGAUCCUGUCGCCCUCGACCCCUAAAAAUAUUGAUCGGAUUACUAAUU